UGACGUCACUUUCCAGAAGUCCCCUUCUCCUUCUUCUUCUUCUUCUUCUUCUUCUUGUUAUCUGGGCGACGGUUCAUCCACAGCGAAGAGGACACAGAAACGCGAAGGAGAGCGACGUACUCUGAGAUUACCGAGACACGUUUAACCGAGCUAAUACAACAUCUAAACACAUUAAAAGCAUGUCCCUGUAUCCAUCCCUCGAGGACCUUAAGGUCGACAAGGUCAUCAAGGCUCAGGCCCAGUUUGCCCAGACGACCACCCCGAUGCCGGCCAUCACUGAGGGAACCUACCAGCCUCAGUUUACCACCGCUGGGAUGUCACAAGCGGGCUUGUACCCAAACCUGGAGGAGCUGGGCGACUACAUGGGGCUGGCCCUCAACAGCGAUGAAGUCCAGAGGAACCUGGCCUUGGUGCCUGUGGCCGAUAACCAAGUUGCGUUGGCCGCGAGCUCAGGGGUCGGCGGGAUGGUGCGGCCGGUGACGGGGUCGGACGUCGGCAUCAGGAGGGCGGAGAUCCGCCCGGGCCUCAGGGAGAUCAUCCUCUGCAAGGACCAGGACAAGAAGGUCGGGCUCCGGCUCAGGGCCGUCGACAACGGAGUGUUUAUCCAGCUGGUGCAGGCCAACUCCCCCGCCGCCCUGGCUGGGCUGCGCUUCGGGGACCAGGUCCUUCAGAUCAACGGGCAGAACUGCGCCGGAUGGAGCGUAGACAAGGCCCACAAGGCCCUGAAGGUCGCCUCCGAGACCCGCAUCGAGCUGGUGGUCAGGGACAGGCCUUUCCAGCGCACCGUCACCAUGCACAAAGACAGCUCAGGACACGUGGGCUUCAUCUACAAGUCCGGCAAAAUCACCUCCCUGGUCAAGGACGGCUCUGCUGCACGUAACGGCCUCCUGACCGAUCAUUACAUCUGUGAAAUCAACGGACAGAACGUCAUCGGACUCAAGGACUCCCAGAUCAAGGACAUUCUGAGCACCUCUCCCAGCGCCAUGACCAUCACCAUCAUGCCCAAGUUCAUCUACGAACACAUGAUCAAGAGGAUGUCCACCGGUCUGCUGAGGUCAGCCAUGGAUCACUCCGUCCCCGAGGUGUGAGGACGAGGACGGCGUUGUCCAGGAUGUCUACAACACAGACUCUGUGUCUGUCUCUUACUCAUAUCUCCAUGUAUCUCUCUGUCUUCAAACCGUCUCCUACGUCACAAUCAUUACCCUUUAACAUGCGAUGCCUUUAUUUUCUAUUCGUCAUUAUAUUCUUUACCUUUUCUACAGGUCCUCGUGUCUGUCGACAUUAGAGCUUAGAACGUACGUUAACCAUGUAGUCUGACAUUACAUGUUUACUUUUUAGUUGUUUUUUUUUGUACUUUGAGAUCAUGGGCAGUACAAACAGCUUGUUGUUGUUGUUGUUAUUAAAAAAGAAAGACAGAAGCCAUGCAUACUAUCACGAGUCCAGAGCUUCCUCCUCAGCGUGGAGAUGAGUCAAUGACCGUUCACCUUUUCAAAAUGCUGUAAAAGUCAGAUUUCAGAUUCAUGACUGCGCCCCCCCCCCCCUUCCCUCCCUCCCCUCCUCUCUAUGUGUAAUCUGAGCAGUAGUUUUAACUCGGCCAGUAGAAAUAAUAGGUUUUAGCUAUUGUUUUUUAGCUUAAAUACAUGUGUUUAUUUUGGCGUUACGCUCACAGUAUUAGUUUUAUUCUCCCGCUUAUUUUUUUUUGAAAACCCUGAUGCAGUUUUCCACCUUCUCCAGGAGAGGGCGCCGUGUCAUUGCAACACAUUUCCAACCAAGUGUGAGUGGAGUGCAGGUAUCGGGGACAUUGUGUACACAUUCCGGAGGUGGGAGGGGGGGAAGGAGCUGGAGAUUUUUUUUUUUUGUUUCCCACGAUGAAGCAGGCUGCGCUCGGCCUCCACGCUCCGUCACCGUGGGGGGGGUGGGGGCGGGGGGGCGGCUGGUAUUCUGUCUGGAGGGGUCUGUUCUGGGCCGACCCACUAAGUGCACUUUCCAUUAUCUUUAUAUAAGAGCUCGUCUUUCCUGUAUCCAUUUCAGAAAUUUAACAUUUCUUAUGGUUUUUUUUUUUGUUUGUUUUUUCUUUUUUCUUCUAAUUGUUGUGUUUGUGCCGCUUCACGUUAUCAGAAGAGAAAACAAACUCAGAUUUUUUCAUGGUUUUAGGUGAACUUGCUGUCCUCUUAUAGUCCCCGCCCCCCCCCAACUCAACCCCAACCCCCCCGUGCUCUGUUAUAAUUAAUCCUUCCUUUCACCCAUGAGCACAGUGAGUAAAAAGCUCACUAGUUUGUGAAUUUCUACUUGUUAUAUAUAUAUAAAUAUAUAUAUAUAUAAAAAAAAGAUAAUUCUCCUUUCAAUGCUGUUCAUGUUCGGAUGCAUGUAUUCCUUUAAUUUUCUAGGUAUGCAAUCUGAUAAACAUCGCUGUCAUUCUGUACAAAAGUAAAAUUCAAAAUAAAAUGCUAGGGAAGCCUAAAGGUUUAUAUACGAAUGUAACCGAGAUAAUAUUGUAAAACGAAUAAAAAAGUCUUUUUCUGUUCACAUAAA